UCACAGGCGCAGUCUUCCAUUCACACCGCUGCCCGCUUAUAUCCGGUUCACCUAUUCUCUGCAAGGUUCCAAAAGGGAAGGAGUCACAUCUGUGGGCUGCUAUAAAGGAGAGCACUGAGUACCAUAGCUAUAAGAAGACAGGGAAGGCGAAGGAAGGAUAUUGAAAUUCUGUUGGCUACAGUUUUAAAGGUAGCUGGAUUUUCACUGCCCGUUUCACCAGGACGCCCUCUUCGUGCAUUGCAUCAUCUUGCAGCGAGUUCAAGCAUGGCGCAUCAACUGGAUCCUCUGUCCCUUGCCUUCCUGGCGUUCGCUGUGCUUCUACUGGCGUCUGGUCACAUGGUUAACGGUAGCUCCAAUGUUGGAGAUGAUCUUGUCGGGACGCUGGACGAAGUGGACUGGGAGAAGCGUCCACCCGGUGCUGACGGUAUUGAUACGCGCAGGGACGGAGAAGGUAACUCCAAUGUUGGAGAUGAUCUUGUCGGGACGCUGGACGAAGUGGACUGGGAGAAGCGUCAAGCCGGUGCUGACGGUGUUGAUACGCGCAGGGACGGAGAAGCAUAUCCGGCCUUUGUCUUUUCGGGCGAGGUGCGACAGAAAAACGUUGGUGGUAAGAGCAGCUGCAAUGGGGGCGUGGUAGGCCACAAGUACCAGAGCAAUCACCCUCAUGGACACGGAGGCACUACGCAAUCCAAGGGGCGCAUUGCUCGCAUGAAAUUCACCAAGAAGCGCGACAAUACCGUGCUGCGCGUGACUUUCUCGGAGAACAUCCGCGUGAUGGGACGUGGCGUGGCCGUUCGCUGGUUCAUAACGGUCGACGACCAAGAGUGCGUAAAGCCAUCCAAGCUUGAUAUCGUCAUGUACCAAAGUGAUCCACACGAGAACAGUCCUAUUCCGUCCGUGCUCGUGGGAAUCUGCCAGGCCACCGCAGCGGGACAGAUCAAAAAGGGCACGCACAACAUUGAUGUCAACAUCGGUGCCACCAGCUACCCGCUGGGCACGCCUCUCUCAGGCUUCUACUCCACCACGUUCUUCGAAGUGCAGGAGGUGUGUCCGGAGUUCUGAGCACCAUUACGUUGCCUCCCUCCAAAGACCAUCAUGUCAUAUAUCUUUUGCCAAUGUUCAUAGUUUAGUUAAGUAAAAAGGAGAAGGACUACAAUGUUACGAGUUCUCCUUCCUGUUCCUGCUCUCUUUUUUCACCAUAAUUAAAUUGGCUCACCAUCCGAGUUUAUUUAGUUUUAGUUUUAUUCCACGCAAAUACAUGGCUGGGAAAGUAA